AUGGCUUCUGCAAGAACGAACACCUACUCACGGAGCUUCAGUUAUCAACAGUAUAGAAAGUCGACGUGCCGACAUACGUGGGUGAUCAAAGAUUUCAGUCUUGUGGCGAAAGAUAGCUACGUAAUGAGCGGGAAAUUCUCUCCAGAAGCUGACAGCGCAAGGGCGUGGCGUAUGAAACUAUGGAUGGACGACUACACCUGCGACUGCAAGUUGUACUUAAUAUUUCUUGGUACUGGCGUAGUUAGGGCUAAAUGCGACUUCUGGAUAGUGGACGGAAACGGCUUGAAAACAAACCAGAAGGUGAUGGAAGUUCAGAACGUUACGACAGAAAUGCCGUGGUACUGCACCCUGACCAGUAGAGACCAACUCCUGAACACGUCGAAUGGACUUUUAUCUCACGACGUUCUUACUGUGAGUUGCGAAUUGACGACCCUGGAUCCCUGUGGCUCAUCCGAGACCUGCACCGUCCAGAACCCCCCUCGAGGGUCUACUUUACUGGAUGACAUUGGUCGACUCAUGGAAGAUUGCGACCUCGCCGACAUAACGCUGACUGCAGAAGACAAGGCCUUCCAUGCUCACAAGAAUAUCCUGGCCAUGAGGUCCCCCGUAUUCCUGGCCAUGUUCAAAAACAAUAUGAGAGAGACUCGAGUUGACCAAGUAGAUAUGGAAGACCUGUCUGCCGACGCGUUGGAAGGACUGAUAACUUUCAUCUACACAGACAAUGUACCAAAUAUUGAUACUCUGGCGGUGGACCUCAUACAAGCUGGUGAAAAGUACGACCUAAAGCGUCUCAAGUCGAUGUGCGAGCACAGCCUCGCGUCCAAUAUAAGCGUGGAUACCGCCGUGGAGGUUCUUCGUUUGGCCAUGAGGCUAAACGCUGACGUGCUCAAAGCAUUUGCCAUCUCCUACAUCAGUGCUCACACUGUCGACGUUGCAAAAACUGAAGGUUGGACGGCAAUGGUUGAGGAAGAGCCUCGACUCUUGGAAUUGUUUAUUCCUGUGAGGAGCAGGGCAGAUUGA